AAUUAAAAUUUUCGGUGAACUAUCACUUUAAGGUGUGUUUACAUUUAUUUACAUAGGUGUGUGUGUGUGUGUGUGUGUGUGUGUGUGUGUGUGUGUGUGUGUGUGUGUGUGUGUGUGUGUGUGUGUGUGUGUGUGUGCACUACAGAAGGCUUCUGUAUCAAGUAUUUGAGAGACAUGAGCUGUCAGUUGAGGAAAAGGCCAGGAUACAAGUACUUCAGCAAGAGCAGGCAGUGGCAUCCCGAACAGGAACACAGGUUAACCAAGAUCGAAAGACACGAAUCUCUGUGCUUAUUACAGAGUUUCAAAGAAUGAAGGUCAUGAUCGACUUAUUCAGAGGGGUCCUUCCAACAUUUCAGAGAUUUGCCAAAAAGCUUCAACAUGAAAAGCCGAUGGUGCAUUUGCUGCAUGUGGAAAUGGUGGCCCUUGUAAGAGAGCUCCUGAGCAAAUUUAUAAGACCAAAGGCUAUCCCACUUAGUCACAAGGAGAUCCUCAAGAUUGAUGUACGGAGAAGGGAUUUCCAACUGCCAAACAAGAGGCUCUCUGUUGGACAGUUUUGCUACAUUGCAAUGAACAAAGCCCGUGUGGAGGGAAAAGUAUGGGUUGAUCAUAUCUAUGACUCUCUCAGAGAAGGGUAUAUGAGGUCAGCAGAGUUUCUACUAAAAAACCUUCCCCUGGAUAACAUUAUAAUAUCAUCACUCUCUGCUCUUACUCCAUCUCUAAUGCAAUCUGAUGGAGUCACUGGGGCUUUUACCACUUUAGGAGAAGCCUUGCCAAAUGUUGUCCCUCCAGAAGAGAUUGGUCAGCUGGUAGAAGAAUGCCGGGCCUACCAGCUGGAUGGGGACAUGCUUCUUCAUCUACAGAGCUACACUGAAGGCGACUGUCGAGUCGAUGUAGACUGGUGGACCCAUGUUGCUUCCUUGAAAAAGGCAGAGAGGGAUGUGAGGUAUCCAACCCUGUGCAAGCUAGUUAAAGCUCUUCUGUCCAUUUUCACAGGCCCCUUGGUGGAAGGAUCAUUUAAUUUGAUGGAUGAUAUCCUUGAAGAUGACAGGUGCUCCAUGAAUGUGGAAACAUAUGAAAGCCUCGCAGUAAUCAAGUCCACACUUAAAGCCAAGGACAGGACAGCCUCAACUAUGACCAUUGACCAGCCUCUGAGGCGAGCCUGCCUUUCAUCAUUCCAAAACUACCAGUUACAUUUACAGAAAAAGAAAGAAACUGAACAGGCACUAAGGCAGAAAAGGCUGAGUGAGGCAGCAAGGAUGCAGUCCUUAAAGGAGACAAACAAACUGGUUCAACAGGCCCGAAAAAUCAAAAGGCCAGCUAAAUCCUCCUCUGUGCCAGUCUCUACCUCAUCUGCACAAGCCACCACCUCCUCUGGUCAACAGGCCCUGAAAAAGAAAUUGCCACCCAAACUCUCCUCUGUGCCAGUCUCUACCUCAUCUGCACAAGCCACCACCUCCUUUGGUCAACAGGCCCUGAAAAAGAAAUUGCCACCCAAACUCUCCUCUGUGCCAGUCUAUACCUCAUCUGCACAAGCCACCACCUCCUCCGGUCAACAGGCCCUGAAAAAGAAAUUGCCACCCAAACUCUCCUCUGUGCCAGUCUAUACCUCAUCUGCACAAGCAACCACCUCCUCCGGUCAACAGGCCCUGAAAAAGAAAUUGCCACCCAAACUCUCCUCUGUGCCAGUCUAUACCUCAUCUGCACAAGCCACCACCUCCUCCGGUCAACAGGCCCUGAAAAAGAAAUUGCCACCCAAACUCUCCUCUGUGCCAGUCUCUACCUCAUCUGCACAAGCCACCACCUCCUUUGGUCAACAGGCCCUGAAAAAGAAAUUGCCACCCAAACUCUCCUCUGUGCCAGUCUCUACCUCAUCUGCACAAGCCACCACCUCCUUUGGUCAACAGGCCCUGAAAAAGAAAUUGCCACCCAAACUCUCCUCUGUGCCAGUCUAUACCUCAUCUGCACAAGCAACCACCUCCUCUGGUCAACAGGCCAGAACACCAGACAAACCCUCAUCUUCUCCAGCCUCCACCUCUGGACAAGCCAGAUGUCCUCCAUUUGCCACAGCCUCCGCUUCACUAGACAGACAACAUAUUUUUCCACCAGCUUCCCCAACCUCAGCACCAGCUACAACCUCCUCUGUAUCAGCCACCACAUCCUCAGCAUCAGCUACCACAUGCUCUUUACCAACACGUUUUUUCCCACUCUUUCAUGGCCAAUCCAAAGCAUCAUCUGCACUGCCACCAAACAUGCUGAAAAGGAAAGGUUCUGUUAACCCAAAAACCUGUUCAAAAAGGAAGAAAUAAAGGAAGGCAGGGGAAAAUGUUUUCUGUAGUAAACUGUAUUUGCUUAUUUUUAUUUAUUUCUCACUGUUUUUCAGUUCUUGAAGCACUUUAAAUUAUUGCUAAUUUUUGUUCUCUUAUAGCAAAUUGUUUUGAAUAAACAAAUUGAGUGUUGUAUUACAUACAGUUUGUUGCACUGUAACUGCACUGUAAAAAAUGUAAAAUUAAAGGUGCAUAUUUUGCAGAAAAAUUAAUAUCUACUUGUUCGUGCCCUUAAGUGAAUGGUUAAGCUACUAAUCAAAUCCUAGUUUACUUUGGAGUAUUAUAAUUCCCACCCACUGACCUUUCUUGGUAUGCUAUACAAGCAAUAAGUAUGCAGGUAAGUGACUAGUUAAAAGCAGGGAUGGAUUAAAGGGAUAGUUCACCCAAAAAUGAAAAUUCUGUCAUCAUUUACUCAAUCUCAUUUUGUUACAAACCCACAUAAAUUGCUUUGUUCUGAUGAACACGAAGAUAUUUUGAGAAAUAUUUGUAACCAAACCGUUCAUUGACCCCAAUCACUUCCUUAGUAUUCUUUUUUCCUACCAUGGUGGAAGUCAAUGGGGUACAUGAACAGUUUGGUUACAAACAUUACUCAAAAUAUCUUCGUUUGUGUUCAUCAGAAUAAAGCAAUUUAUGGUGGUUUGUAACAACAUGAGAUUGAGUUGAUGAUAACAGAAUUUUCAUUUUUGGGUGAACUAUCCCUUUAAUGAACAGGCCUACCAGGCCCAGGAGCUCUGCUCUACAAAAAGGUGCUAUUGGCUUGCAUUGGGUUUGUUCGUCUCAGACAUGUUUAUAUAUUUAUAUUCACAAAAGUCACCAGAAUCUAUCAUUUAAGGCUUAAAUUAUAGAUUCUGGUGACUUUUGUGAAUAUAAAUAUAUAAACAUGUCUGACUAUUUAUCAAAAUAUUCUCCCAGGGGAGCACACCCCUGGAUCCCGCUUGACAAUUGUGUUGAUCAGGG